CUCGGGUCAGCUGACUGGUCACGCGGUUCUCGUGGCAUCAGGCGGUGCCCACCCCCGGUGUCACGUGACGGCGGCGGGUGGAGCUGCUCGGUUGAUGCGGAGUGGUCGGUCCGGUGUGUGAACAUGAGCUUUCUAAGUGGUUUAUUUGGUCCGAUUUGUGAGAUUGAAGUGGUACUAAACGAUGCAGAAACCAGGAAGCUGUCUGAGAUUAAAACGGAAGAAGGAAAGCUAGAAAAGCACUUUUUGUUCUAUGAUGGUGAAUCUGUAGCUGGAAAGGUCAAUAUUGUCUUCAAACAGCCGGGAAAAAGACUAGAACAUCAAGGAAUUCGUAUUGAAUUUGUCGGGCAAAUUGAACUUUUUAAUGAUAAAAGUAAUACACAUGAGUUUGUCAACCUUGUCAAAGAAUUAGCUUUGCCUGGGGAGCUGACACAAAGCAGAAGUUAUGACUUCGAAUUCAUGCAAGUUGAGAAGCCUUAUGAAUCCUACAUAGGAUCAAAUGUUCGGUUGAGGUACUUUCUUAAAGUGACAAUAGUGAGGCGCCUUUCGGACUUGGUGAAGGAGUAUGAUCUGAUUGUUCACCAGCUCGCUACAUAUCCAGAUGUCAAUAACUCCAUUAAAAUGGAAGUUGGAAUUGAGGACUGUUUGCACAUAGAAUUUGAAUACAAUAAAUCGAAAUACCACUUAAAAGAUGUUAUUGUGGGAAAGAUCUACUUCCUACUGGUCAGAAUAAAAAUCCAACAUAUGGAAUUACAGUUAAUAAAAAAGGAAAUUACUGGAAUAGGACCUAGUACUACAACUGAAACAGAAACUGUUGCAAAAUAUGAAAUUAUGGAUGGGGCACCUGUAAAAGGAGAGUCUAUUCCCAUCCGGCUAUUUCUUGCUGGUUAUGACCCCACACCCACAAUGAGAGAUGUGAACAAGAAGUUUUCUGUGCGUUAUUUCUUGAAUUUGGUCCUUGUCGAUGAGGAGGACAGAAGAUAUUUCAAACAACAGGAGAUCAUUUUGUGGAGGAAAGCACCUGAGAAGAUAAGGAAAAGAACCAAUUUCCACCAACGCUAUGAGCCCAGUGAUCCGCAAGCAUCAGCUGAGCAGCCAGAGAUUUAG